AUGUCGCUGCCUAUCAAGGAGAUCAAGCCCAAGAAUGCGCGCACCAAACGUUACCUCGAGAACAAAGGCCCGCAGGACGUCGAGAACCCGCGAACCACGCUCUUCCUCAAAUACACCACCACCAGCGAAGUGCUGCAGCUCGCCCUGAAAGAUCUCCACUCCCUCAAGCGACCGCUCUGCAUCAAGUUCGACAAGAAGAACAGCAUCCACCCCUUCGAAGAUGCCUCCUCGCUCGAGUUCUUCGCCGACAAGAACGAUGCCUCUCUCAUGCUCUACGCUAGCCACAGCAAGAAGCGCCCGCACGCCUUGACCCUGGUCCGCCUCUUCGACUUCAAAGUCCUAGAGAUGCUCGAGCUCCUCGUCGACCCAGAUACCUUCCGAUCAUUAUCGCAGUUCAAGAACGCAAAAGCCGCCGUCGGGCUGAAACCACUCCUUGCUUUCUCCGGCAGCGCAUUCGAAUCGCCGACUGCGAACGCUUACACACAAGCGCGGAGUAUAUUCUUGGAUCUUUUCAAAGGCCCGGAUGUGACAAACGUAGACGUGGAAGGUCUGCAGUACAUGAUCCACUUCUCGGUGGACGAGGAAGAGAACGAGAGUGUCAAGCCACAAAUCCACAUGCGAUGCUACUUGAUCAAGACGAAGAAGGGCGGAGGCGUGAAUGUCAAGGUUGACGUGGAAGAGAUGGGUCCGAGGAUAGACUUCCGCGUGGGGAGGACGAGGGAGGCAGAUCCGGAUAUGUGGAAGGCGGCGAUGAAGCGGCCGAAGACUCUGGAGGCCAAGACGAAGAAGAACAUUGAGACGGAUACGAUCGGUGACAAGGUUGGUCGUAUUCAUAUGGGUAGGCAAGAUCUCAGCCAGUUGCAGACUCGCAAGAUGAAGGGUCUGAAGCGCAGCCGUGAUGUUGUCGAUGACAACUUUGACGAUGCCGUGGGUGGAGCAUCGGAAGACGGCGGCGUGUCGUUGACAUCGGGUAAGAAGGCGAAGGUGUAA